GAAAAACACCAGCCUGGCAGUGUGUUAGUGACCCAGCACCACCCUUCCUGAAGAUCUACAAAGGCACAUGGGCCCUGGAAAUUUCUUUCAUUCUGGAGACUGGAAGCUGAAUUGAGGAAGUCCAGAGGGCAUUUGCAAAGGCCUCUCAAGUCCAGGGAGGCUCAGGGCUCACUUGGCCACGUAGGGCCCAUAGGUGGCACCAUAGCCUCUCAGGGACUAUCUGAGGUCAGCAGGAAGGGGACACAAGUCAGAAAAGAAGACAAAGGUAGACGCUGGCUCCAGACCUCUCCCUACCAACUCUGCAUCGUUUCUCUCUGUUUCUGUAGCCCUUGAGCAGUGACUGCUGACUGGGAAAGCCAUCGCCUCCAAGACCCUCUCUGGAAAACUGAAGCUCUGUCUGGUGACAACUGUGACCUGUGGACACAGGACGUCAGCUCUUCUGCUGGAAGCCACUCCUGGUCUUGUAUGUGUACGAGGUCCAUGGAAGUCCCUGUGUCCAAGGGAUCAUGCUCGAGUCACCCAGGAUCAGGAUCCCUGAACACCACCUCUGUGUGCCCUCCGAAUCCCCAGAAGCUCCAGGAUGAAAGUACACCACCCUCUGCUGGCAUCUUCCUGGGCACACACAGAGUGUCCCUCCCAGCUGGCUUCAAGGCAGGCCAAGGCAGGCCCUACAAUCCAUGGGGACAUGGAGAAGGAGAGUUCAGGGUACAAUGAGGCUCGGGAGAAGCUGGGCCUGUCCUUCUCCAUUGACGCUAUCCUGAGGAGGCCCUCAGAGAGAAGAAACACACCAAGAAGGCAAAGCAUGGGAGAAGAGGACUCCAGGCAGACAGCAACCCCAGGUUCAAAGCCAGAGAGGCCCCCACAGGAUCAGUCCCAAGCUUUCCUGACAGGGUUCUGUGCUGACACCUACUGCUCUGCCCACAGUGGUGCCUCCCACGGGUUGCUACCCACGCUCUCAGACUCAGCUCACUUCAGCCUGGUUCCCUGCCCAGAUCACCCUUGUCCCAUGGCACCCAUGGGAUCUUCAGCCCUUGCCUGGCUAUCUUACCCAACAGCCUUGUGUUCCUACCCUCAUCCUGCCACCUCCAUACCCCAAGUGGAGCAGCAUCUGUGUCACUUCAACAUAGGGACUGGUUGCUCUUUUCCCAAGCAAGCUACUCUACUUUCUCAGUGAUAGCAGACAACCCUGGACCUCAGAGAAAAUCCUCCCCAAUCCAUCAAUGGCCCACAGUCCGGGAAGCUACCCAGAGCUUGCUAUUGGAGACUGCAUUGGCAUGGCAGCAAAAGACAACACACCAGCCCAAGUCAUUCUCCUAGUGCAGAAGCCUGGCUGCCUGAGGGCUAGGGAUGAACUCCAGAAUAAGACACUCUCCAUUCACCCCUGUGCUUCCUCUAAUGGCUGUCCACUUCCAGCUGGUCAGUCUCAAUACCCCCUGUACUGAGUACCCCCUGGACCUCAUCUGUAGCAGAUUCCUUCUGAGAACCCUUUUCUCCCUUACUUUGGGGGAGAUGAGCCCUGGGAAACACAAGAUGUGGGUAGGCCCAGGAGGGGCUUCCCAUCCAUGCACCCAUCCAUGACUUUGUACUGACCACUGAGAAUUGUACACUUGGAAACAGAUGUGGAGCUGAACAGAUUGGACUCUGCCCAGGUCAGCUGAAAGGUGACGCUGACCUCUGCCUGCAUCAGAUGGCGGUGACCUUGCACUUGGCUCCUGUCCAGCACAUUACUAUUGACGUUGGUAUGAAAAAUCUCAGAAUGAGAGAAAAAUAGAAAAAAAAUGUUUUUAAUU